AUGCCCGGCCGCCGGGGCUACGACCGCAGGCGUGGAAGCAGCUCCGACGGACCCGAGGACUGGGAAUACAACUGGAAGCGUCAUUUCCCCGACUGGGACUUCUACACAGUCAACGAGAUCGACGUGCCGGCCGAGCAGGUUGGAGAGCAGUCGGGGCCCCUCCACGACCUGGGCCAGCUCCUCGCUGAGGAUCCUCAGCAUCAGCUCGACAGGUUCAGCUUCGGUGGAGCGACUGACCUGCUUCCGCCGCUCCCUGGCCUGAGGAUCGAGGGCUAUGGCCGCCUGACCCUACCGCUCGACAACGCCACCGACGCUCAACGCUUGGCCGCCGUCUGCCAGCUGGCGCCAUUCGGCCGCGGACAGGACACGCUCAUCGAUCCCACGGUGCGCAAGACGUGGCAGAUUGAGCCAGGCAAGAUCGCCUUUGGCAACCCUGCCUGGAACGAGGGGAUCGCUGCCUUCGCCCCACUGAUUGCGGAAAAGCUGGGCUUCCCCGGCACACCGCUGGCGUUGCACCUCUACAAGCUGCUCUUCUACGAGGCUGGAGGCCACUUUGGCAAGCAUCGCGACACAGAGAAGGAGGAUGGCAUGUUUGCCACCCUGGUUGUCCAGCUACCCUCCAUGCACUCCGGCGGCCAGCUGCUGGUCUAUCGCGGCGGCACUCCCAUCACGCACGACUUUGGCGAUGCCGGCGGCACUGCGCCGUUCAAAUGUCACUACGCGGUCCACUAUGCCGAUGCCGAGCACGAGAUCACACCCGUGACCGAGGGCUACCGCCUUGCGCUGGUGUACUCGAUCUGCUGGCCAGCGGAGCCCAAAGACGCGGCGGUCCCCACAUCGGCCGGCGCAGAUGCCGUCAACCAGAUGAUGACCCUGCUCACCAGACUGCUCGGCGAGGAGAGGCAGUUUCACCUCUUCCUCGAGCACGACUACACGCACAAGAGCAUAUCCGAGCUCGGCGCCCGGGCGCUCAAGGGCGUGGAUCGCGAGCGCAUCGCCAGGCUCCAGGUCGCCAACGGCUGCUUGAGCGGAGAUCGCGUCUACGACUUCUACUUCGCAGAGGCCAAGAGGAGGACGGUCUAUUCCUUCUACCAAGAUGCCUGGGACGAGUACGAGUCGCCCGAGGUCACGUUCGCCCAGCUGCACAAGCUCGACGGCACGUCUCUGGCCGGGUCGCGCGACCUGGCCUCGUACUUUGGCCAUAGGGAUGUGCUGAACCCGCUCGGAAAGUCGCUGCUGUCGCUGUGGCGCGGUCACCGCAAAGAGAGACUGGGGGAUCUCGGCAACGAGGGUCCGUCGCAGGUGACGACCUACAAGAAGUACGUCGUCGUCGCAUGGCCCCGGCGGCUGAACCAAGCCCUGGAGGGGAUCCGUGUCGGACAGCUGGAGGCGCUGCGAACGCUACUGACCCAAGAACCUUCGGACGACGAGCUGGCGGAGUUCCUCCAGAGCGUCAGGGAGGCCAGGUCUCGACAGGCGUUCCCGCUCCGUACCACGCUCGAGGACCAACUGCGCCAUACGAUCUUCAUCGCGCUGCUCGAGCGACCGUUCAGCCCGAGGCUGUUUGGUCUCUACCUCGACCUCCACCGCACUGCGAGGCUGCUGAUCCACAACCACGAGGGUUGGCAGGAUCUGCUUCGCCUGAUGCGCUGGCCGAGGGCCUGGAAGGCCGGCCGGGCCAGGGUCGUCGAAGCCUUUGCGCAGGACCCCUGCACCACGCUCAAGCUGAUCGACAAGUACCCGAAGGAGGACCCCGUCGAGAUGAAGCAGCUCCUGAUCGAAGCCCUGCUGCGCUCCGAGAGCGGCGACGACGACGAGCUCUGGCGGAACCUGCAGCAGGCGAUCAGCUGGCGCGUCGCCCUCUCCCUUCCAGAACCGGCCGUCUGCAGGAACCUGGUGCAGAGGUACCUCAACGUCCGCGACGACCAGUUCGACGUCCACCAGUGCAUGGGAUCGUUGCUCUCGGCGCAGCGCCUGCAUCAGAACCUCUUUGCAGCGAGGCGCCACAUCUUUCAGCCCCUCCUGCAGCGUUGCAUCGCCAAGCUCGAGGACAAGCGCGCCAGCGCCUCCGGAUCAAAGGCAGACUACUGGCGCUUCCAGGAGGCAGAGUUCCCGGCCGACGCUCGAGUUGAGGACUUUCUGCAGAGUUAUGAGCGCACCGAGACCGUCAAGGGGUUCGACUGCAUCCAGUCGGCCCGGAAGCUCGUGGAGACGUGCCAAAAGGUGCUGUCCAGCGCCGACGCGCUUGACGCGGAAAAGUGGCAGCGGUGCAGCCACACGCUACCCAAGUUUUCCUUCACCGCCGUCGAGGGUGGGCGGGGAAGGGGGGCGUACGUCACGCUCACCAAGACUGACGCCUACCCGCAGCACCGCGAGGCCCAACGUCUGGCGCGCGUCGCGGGUCUCGAACGUGACAUCAAGACGCUCGGGUCGCUGCUCGUUGUCGAUGCCGGGGCCGGUCCCAGCGGCAGCGGCAGCGGCAGUAUCAGCGCCGGCGUCGAGCUCGAACAGACUCAUGAGGCCGAGGCGGCACCGCCUCGCAGCGAAACGGUUGGCGAAGCUGCAGAAGGUGUCCCGACGAGCCCUGCUUUCGAGCCGCUGCACAGGCCCGACAUCGAGACGGAUGCCGGUCCCAGUGUGGCGUCCGGUGCGGUGACUACGGCUGCGCCUACGGGCGAGAGCGAGGCCAUGGUGGCGGCGCCAUCGACGGACGACCAGGCUCAAGACGGGGCGGAGCACCAGGACAAGAAGGUCAAGCUCGAGUCGAAGAUGGGCUAG